GGAGCAGGAGGAGGAGAAGGAGGAGGAGGAGGAGGAAGGGAACCGGCUCGGCCCAGGCCUCCAGCCCGUGCGGGAGAGCCCCCCGGGGGCGGGCCGCGGCGGCAUGCGGCUCCUCGGCCGGCCCGGCCCGUUCCGCAGCACGCCCCUGGCUGCCCGGCCGCCGGGGAGGGUCAGAGCGGGGCCGGCGGCGGGGAGGCGCGCCUUCGCCCGCGGGCGGCUCGGCGGCACCAUGGCAGAGGAGGCCAAGAGGCUGGCCGCCUGCGCGGCGGUGGACAAGCACGUCCAGAACAAUCAAGUUCUUGGGAUUGGCAGCGGUUCUACAAUUGUCCAUGCGGUGCAUCGAUUAGCUGAGCGGGUUAAAGAGGAGAACCUAACAAUUGUCUGCAUCCCUACAUCUUUUCAGGCCCGUCAGCUGAUCCUGCAGAACGGCUUAACACUAAGUGACUUGGACCGACAUCCAGAGCUUGACGUUGCCAUCGAUGGAGCAGAUGAAGUGGACUCUCAUCUCAACCUUAUCAAAGGUGGCGGUGGUUGCUUGACGCAGGAAAAGAUAGUUGCAGGAUAUGCAAAAUGCUUCAUCGUUAUUGCUGAUUACAGGAAAAAAUCGGAGAGCCUCGGUGAGCAGUGGAAGAAGGGAAUUCCUAUUGAAGUCAUCCCCAUGGCUUACGUCCCUGUCACCAGAGCCCUGACCAAAAACUUCGGAGGUGCUGCAGAGCUGCGGAUGGCUGUUAGCAAAGCGGGCCCCGUGGUGACAGACAACGGGAACUUCAUCCUGGACUGGAAAUUUGACAAGGUUCAUGAAUGGAGUGAAGUGAACACAGCUAUAAAAAUGAUACCAGGUGUGGUGGAGACAGGGCUCUUCAUCGACAUGGCAGAGGUGGUGUACUUUGGCAUGGAGGACGGCUCGGUCAGCGUGCGGGAGAAGCAGCCUCGCUGAUGCCAGCAUGCUGCCUGCUCUGUUUCACCUUCGGCCGGUUUGAUUCAGCUGUUAUAACGGUGCCAACCUGAUGUUUUGCCUUAACGAGCAGCGGUUAUCAAAGAAGACGGAUGGGAAGUUGAUCAGAAUCCGCUGAUGUGAUACUGAAUGUCUUUUUUUAAAAACAAACAAAAAAAUUAUAUUCUAUUUCUAUAUAUAUAUAUUUUUACUUUACAGGAAUGUUGUCUUUUUUUAAAGAACCAUUUAAACAAAUUGCUUUAACAUUUUUAUUUUAUUUUAUAAGAAAUACUUACCAAAAAGAAUACUCUUUAAUUUGUGGGUGGGCUUUUUUUGUUUGUUUGUUUGUUUGUUUUUUUUUUUGAAGAGAACUUGAACCCUUCUGGUUGCUGAUAGUGCUUACUGAUUGAGGCCAGAAAUACAAUCCUAAUGCAUUGUUCCUAACCACCCUGGCUGGGAGGGUGAAGCACAUAACGGGAGCACGUCCAGUCGGGACCUGCUGAUGCCUUAUUUGGAACCUUUUUGGUUCAGUAUUUUAUGCCUUUUAUUUUUCUAUACCACUGUUUUUAAUAGUUCAGGAUGUCUAGUUGUCCUCUGUGCACAUGGCAAUUCUCUGAGCCUAGAGUGGUCUCUACAUCCCUCUGUCUGGGACGUUAAUAAGGGCCUUUUCUGGGACUCUGUAUGGAGGAGAUUCUCAUCCUUUGAGCCAAAUUCUGCUCUCCGUUAAUUCAGUACCUCUGAUUAAAGUCUGUUCCUGUAGCUGGAGAUGUUUGGGACUUUGUCCUUGUAAACCGAGAGCAGAACUGGGUCCUUGCUGAAGUUUACAGAAGCAUAUUUGAGCAGCUUCGGGCAGCGUGGAAUACUGUUCAGUGGCAAAUUAUUUGAUUUGGAAUGAAGGUUAAUUAUCACCCCUCGCAGCUGGUUGAUUUGUGGAAGGAUAGAGCAGAACGCACAGGAAAACUGAGUCUUCCUGCCUAAAUUUUCCACAUGUAGCAGGAGAGAGACACUUGUUCAGUUUCUUGUUCUUGGUGUAUAGGUGCUUUGCAUGGUUCUGGUUUCAAAAUGCAAGCCCUCUCUGUGUUGUAGACACUGAAAUAAAGAGUUGUUAUACCAGA